AUGGACCCUGCAAAUCCCGCUAGCUUCAACCACCGCACCGAGCUCCUCUCCACCGGCCGUCGGUACCACUUCGUCGACCAACUCCCCACCAACUACGACCCCGCCAUCAACAAGACCCUCGUCUGCAUCCACGGCUUCCCUGAUUUUUGGUACGGAUGGCGCUACCAGAUCAAGCCGUGGGUCGACCUCGGCUACCGCGUCGUCGUCCCCGACAAGCUUGGCUACGGCGGGACCGACAAGCCUGAGGACGAGAGCGAGUACAGCGCGAAGAAGAUUGCGGACGACAUCGCGGCCCUCAUGACCCUGCUGAAGGUGCCGAAGGCUGUCAUCAUCGGGCACGAUUGGGGGUGCUUCAUGGCAUCCCGCUUUGCCUUGUGGCAUCCUGAUAGGCUUCUGUCAUUGGUGCUGAUGUCAGUGCCGUUCGUUCCGCCGGCGAAGGCGUACACGCCGCUCGAGAAGAUCGUAGAGAGAGUGCCGAACUGGGGAUACCAUCUAUUCUUUGCGGAUAAGGCCUCAAGCGGCGUCAUCGAGAAGAAUCUCGACACGUUCAACAAAUUGAUCUGGCGGGACAAGAAGACUAGUGACGAGAAGCUUUCAAAUUGGACCCUUACGGGAGGACUGCCGAAGCUUUUGAAUAAUGCCAAUUUCAAGCUGGCGAGCACGGGGCUGCUUAACCAGCAGGAAUUCGAUUACUACGUCUCGCAGUUCAAGGACAGCAUGCACGGUCCCCUGAAUUACUACCGCACGACUCUGCAUCGCUUCAAUGAAGAACAGGACCCGGCGAUCCUACCAGCGCCUCGCGCCAACCUACCAGUGCUGCUCAUCAUUGGCAAGGAGGACCCCACGUCGAAUCAGGGCGCGCUGGACGUCACAAAAAAGAUGAUUCCACAUGUUGAGAUCGAGCUCAUCGACGGCGUGGGGCAUUGGCUGAUGGUGGAGAGCAAGGACUACAUCAACAAGGCCAUCCCGCGCUUCAUUGAGCGUGUAUCGGCGGACGAGGUGCAGACAAAGUUGUGA